UCUCUCUUUUUUUCUUAGAAUCAAACAUAAACACAACUGGCAAUAAUAGCAGUUUAGAUUGUAAUGCAACAGAAUUUGUCCCCGAAUGUGCAGUCGAUGAAACUGUAAACAAUAUAUUGAAUUGUAACAGUGUUCUCUCUCCAAAUGCCUCAGAGUUUUAUCCAAGAAAAACCUUAACGUAUGAUGCAAUAUUUCACUACAGUAUAUACGAUCGUUUGCCAGCAUGUACUGCCCAUUUCAGUCUAUCGGAAAGAGAAAAAAAUUGUCCACAUUGUUUACUCGAAGUAGCUCUCUAUUAUCUAACAACACAUCCAGGAAACAUUGAUGACUACAUGAGGCCAGUAACUGAGGCAUUAUACACAACACAGAUCACAGAGAACAGCUUGGCUGAAAUGGCAGAAACAAUUUUUGAGAAGUCUGUAAAAAUGGAAAAUUUUACUUACACUGGAGCAAGAAUAUGUAAAUACAUUUCAUCUAUAUCAGAUAAGUCACUUGCCAAGAGUUUUCAAGAUUGUUUAAUUAAGCGUUGUGAGAAAGCAUAUAACCUAAGAACAGAAUUAAUAUCAUCAGCAGCAACAAUCCCAAGGUUUUGUAGAAUGUCCUUAUUUAUUGCAGAACUUUUCUUGUUACUGGAGCUUGAGACUGAUGGUGUGAAGGAAAAACUAAACGUAUUGAGAAAUGCCAUCUAUUCUUUAUUGGAACUUCUUCUGAAACAUAGCGGUGAUGAAACCGUGAAGUGUGCGGCACACUUGAUGAAGUUGGCAGGUGCAGCUUUGGAGGAUUCAGAACAUCCAAAUAACCAAUCCCUCGAUAAAAUAUAUCUUAGUUUUGAAGAGCUUAAAGGUUCACCAAAAUUAAAUAAGACGUCUGAAAUACUUAUUGAUUCCGUGUUGAAAUUAAAAGAAGUACAUUUUGGUCGUAAUGAAAGUGCUCAAAGUAAGGUUUCCAGCUCCUCAUCAACAGAUGCUGAUAAUACAGUAUCUCCUCUGAAUCCUGAUUCUGAAGCUGCUUCUAAUGCAGUCUUUAUUACGAAUGAACCAAUUUUUUUCAACAAAAAAGGUCAGCAGAUCAGCCGACAAGAAGCAGGUGUUGAUGCUGAAGCUGAUAUGAGCCAACUUUUAGCUGAAGUUGAUUUAGAGGACAUGCAAGACUUACAAAUUCUUCAAUACGAAACAGAAAACUCAAUGGAUGAAGAAAUGAUGAAUUAUUAUGAGAAAUAUUUAGAAUCUUGUGAGAAAUAAUAUUUCUUCAAAUAUUUUUUUAAUUUCAAGAUAUUGUUCUUGUUCCUACUUUGAUUACUUCUUGAAAGCUAUUUUUCAAAUAUAAUAUUUUGCACAGAAACAAAACCAAUUAUGUAUUCCUGUGGCUCUUUAAGCAAUAGGUUACUAGAUGCUAACAAUACCCAACAUCAUUACAACAUCCAUUAUAUUCUCACUCGCAAAUGACCUCUAAAAAUACUUUGAUUUGAAUACAACUUUCUAUUUAAAUUUUGUCCAUUAAUUAUUGUCAUUGUGAAAAAAUUACUCUUUAAAAAAGACAAAAAACACCAGUGUGAUGCAGUUAUUUUUGAUAUGGUUUUA